CUCCAUGAGCCAAUUUGCUCCCAAUUAAGAGCGUCUAUAUGCAGAGAACUGGUAAUAACUCUCGUUGGCCCGACGUCUCACUGUCGACUGUCGAGCACUGCCAUUUCCUUUAUCUGGAAGCUCAAUUUUACGAGAUUUCGGCUUUCAGGGCUUCCAUUUGGAGGUAUUCGAGCCACUCCUGUCGUAGAUUUGCUCCUCUUGCCAGAAAUAUAUCAGGGUUAAUAGAUACGCCUGAAAAACAUGGUGAAGGACACGCAGUAUUAUGAUAUAUUGGGAGUGGGAGCUGAUGCAUCUGCCGCUGAGAUAAAGAAGGCCUAUUAUAUCAAGGCAAGGGUGGUACAUCCCGAUAAAAAUCCUGGAGAUCCAACAGCUGCUCAUAAUUUUCAGGCGCUAGGAGAGGCUUAUCAAGUCCUUAGUGAUCCCGCCAAGCGUGAUGCUUAUGACAAAUAUGGAAAGGAGGGUCUUCCUCAGGAUAAUAUGAUGGACCCCUCAGCAGUGUUUGGAAUGAUAUUUGGAAGCGAAUUCUUCGAGGAUUAUGUGGGACAACUUACAUUAGCAACUGUAGCAUCCGUGGAAGUUGAGGAAUCUCUGUCGCCAAUAGUUAGAAAUCAAAAGAUUCACGACAAGCUCAAGGAGUUGCAAAGAGAAAGAGAGCAGAAGCUAAUUCAAAAUCUAAAGGGCCGUCUUCAUACAUAUGUAAUGGGACAAAAGGAGGAGUUUGUGAGAUGGGCUAAUACAGAAGCUCUUCGCCUCUCCAAAGCCGCUUUUGGAGAGGCUAUGCUGCAUACCAUUGGUUACAUUUAUAGAAGACAAGCUGCAAAGGAACUUGGAAAAAAUAUAUUUUUUAUGGGUGUGCCAUUCAUAGCUGAAUGGGUGCGGGAUAAGGGCCAUCUUAUCAAAUCACAAGUAAAUGCAGCAUCAGGUGCCAUCUCUUUGAUUCAACUGCAAGAAAGUAUGAAAAACUUGGAUCAAAGUGAAAAUAUGGAAGAGGACUUCAUGAAGAAUAUCACAGAAAAGAAAGAUGCUAUGGUUAAUUCUCUAUGGAAAAUAAAUGUUGUCGAUAUUGAGUCCACGCUUUCACAUGUUUGUCAGGCUGUCCUUAGAGAAAGCAAUGUUUCCAAGGAUGUUCUCAAAUUGCGAGCCAAAGCACUAAAGAAGCUGGGAACAAUAUUUCAAGGUGUCAAAUCUGUAUACCGAAGGGAGAAUAGUCUCCGUGUUGACCCCAGCGCCCAAAAAUUUGAUAAUACAACCUAAAGGCUUUAAAGGUAAUGCUUUAUGAUACAAUGAUGUUCAGUUAAUUGAUGACAUCCUGGAAAACUCUGUAUUACUUCUGAUUUAAAUGGUGCUUUUGUUUUAUCAGCAUUUGUAUAUUUUGCUUACAUA